UGCUCUUGCGAUAUAUUUUCCCGCCUCUCUUCAUUUUCAGCUUAAACGUUUUAUUCUUAUAAUGGAUGAUUCUGUAGCAAAUACUGUGCAGAUUGUGCUUCCUAAUGGUACUAAAAAAGUCAUCAAUCGUCCAGAAAAAGUUUUAGAUGUGCUUAAAGCUAAUUGUGAUGAUGAAAAUUAUGAAAAUUUUGCUUUAGUAUUCUUUGGGCGUAAAUUGGCUCUUGAUCAAAAACUCGAAACAAUUCAACAUUUAAAUGAAAAUCGUCCUCUCUAUAUUAUUUGUCAAAAAGAAAAUAAUCAAAAAUUAAAAGAAAAUAAAGAAGAAAUCAAUAAAAAGUUGCAGGCUUGUCGGGCUUCUUAUCGAGCUUUAAUAGAAGAUGCACUUCCUCAAGUUUCUGCAGAAGCUUUCAAAUUGCUUUUGUCUUAUAUGCAUGAAAAUAAAUGUGAAAAUUACAAGCAAGUUUUGAAAGAUUAUCCAAAUUUUGUUUAUGAUCAGAUUGGGGAUGCUGCAAUUUGUGAUUUUCGUCUUCUUAUUCAAUUUAUUUUAAAGAAUGAUGAGUUUGCACAUAAACACCCGGAUUGUUUAUCUGUGUUUAAAAAAGCACUGGAUAAUGUUUCUGCUAAAUUUUCCUCUACUUCUACAUCUGUUCGGUUCCCCAAUGCUUUAAUGGGCGGUGAUUUAGCUAUGCCAAUGCAAAAUAAUCCUUCUUCAGGAACUCAACUUAUUACACAACAAAUGCUUAGUCAAGCCUUUGCUGUUGCUUUAGGUGAAACACCAGCCCAACCAGCAUCUAAUUCACAGCAAAGUUCAUCUAUCCAACAAACAAGCACUUCACAAAACGAGGGAGAAAAUAACAAUCCAAGGGCCAACUUUGCCACACAACUUCAACAAAUGCAUGAAUUUGGUUUUACUGAUGAUAAUGAAAAUAUUCAAGCACUUUUAUUAACUAAUGGGGAUGUUGAACAAGCAUUACAAAUUAUAAUUGCGAUGAGAGAAUAA